AUGACUCGGGAGAAGACAGGGGGAAGCCAUUCCGAGGCUCACAGAGCAUCGACCGUCGGUCAUUCAUCCACAUGGAAAGCCGCUCCUAGUCCCGGUGUAAACAGUCAUCCGAAGUACGGACGACAACCGACCCGACAGGUUUGCCUCCAUGUACGAUUCACUCCAAUCUACUCCAUGAAUGACUUGCAAGUGAAAAACCCUUUUCUUCUCAAAAACAUUCGAUACGUGGAGAAUGCAAAACUUAUGUAUCAAAACCACAUACUCCUCCGGCCCAUACGAUCGGACGAUGCGAUGGACACAAAAUCGCAAUGGCAGGUUUGCACGCGACUAGUUGAACAAGCCCAGCUCGCACUGGUAGAUCGCACAGACAAGGGGCAGCGACGGGCAGCGGUACGUCUCAUAAAUUAUCUGUUCCAAAUUAGCGAUUUGUGUUGGAAAACGAAAUUACUACAAUGGGUAGAACCGAAACAUCUGUACAAUAUUGUCCUGUACGCAACCAGUGACGAGACGGACGUGUCAAAUCGAAAUGUUCUGGCCUAUUUAUCUGACGGUGGCAGUAAAACCAUUGUCUGGCAAAGGACGCCGUUGAUGUUGAUUGUUCAGCGGCUAUUGGAAUAUGUGUAUCACGCAAUGCAACAUCUUCGAUUGCCCACUUUCAAUGGGAUUGUGACCAACAUGCUCAGUCCACCGCAGGGAGAACGGGAACGGAAAGAAUUAAGUAAAAUCCGAAGUGUACUUGGCGGUUGGGUGAAAAGUGAGGCCGCGUUACGUCAGGUGCUGGAAAUGGCAAUCAAACGAAUGACGAAGAAUCCAAACACCAUUUCACAUCACUCUUUCACCACAUCGUAA